CCCCGGCCUGGUGCGUGCUGCUGGCGCCCCGAGCCCCAGCCCCCAUGGCGCAGAAACCUCUCAGCACCGCUGCGGCCGAGCGCAUGAACCUCGUGGCCCAGGACGAGAUCUGGAAAUACCGCCUGAAGUCUGAAACUGAAGCACGACAAAACUGGGCCCAGAAUUGGGGAUUUUUAACAACCCCUCUCAAGGAGCUGCUCGAGGGUGAAGAAGAACCCCCCACCCCAAAGCCCAAAAUCGAGCUUCCGGAGCGGUUCCGCAUCCGGCCCGUGACCCCGGUGGAGAAAUACAUCAAGGUCCUUCCAUCCCCCCCAGUCCCGAAGACGACCCAGGGCUUCAUCGGCUGGAGAUCCGGGGUGCCGGGCCUGAACAAGUGUCUAGAGCAUGAUUAUGAGAUCAGAAGCUGCAAGGGGGCGUAUGCCAGAGAGCUAGGCUGGCCAAAACAAGGCAUCCACUGAGUCCAGACAGUCAGCGGGCCCUGGGCAAGAGUGGGUUGACCACCAGGCACCCAGUGUCCACACCCAGGAAAAGGGGCGCCCCCCUGGGGGUCCCUCUGCAGAUGGAGUUCCCCUCCUCACUUGCUCAGUGGAUGUUGCAAAGAACAGGAAAUAACCCUUCAACCCUCCCUUCCAGAACAUUCUCGUCACGCACUCAUUCUUGGCUUAUAUAACGAAUAGGGCAAAAUAAAUGCUCUGCUUUUUUUUAUAUG